AUGGCAUGGUUGAAUAGCGACCCAUCAAAUACCCCAAUCCGAAAAUCUCUAUUCCAAGGGUCGGAUUCAAUUGCUCCAGCUGUGAUAAGCCAGUUCACGGAUUCAUUUGAAGUCGGAAUGUAUAAUCCGUAUUACUAUCCGGAUACAUCGGACAGUGGAUCUCCAUCCUCUCUUUCUUGCUCUUCACUGGAUUACGAUGUGCCACCUCCGCCACAAUAUGAGAAGGAUGUCGCUCGCAGUUCAGGACGAAAUCAACUUGGACGCACCUACAGCCCGGGCCUACCGUUGUCGAUGUGUGAACGCGAGGAGAUUGUGAAGCUGUUUCAAGCUGGAUGGAAGAUUUGCGACAUUUCGAAACGUCUAUGCGUCACCCACAGUUGUGUGAGCAAAAUUCUCAACAGAUAUCGCCAAACCGGAUCAGUAAAACCAAAGGAUGCCAAAGAGGGUCGCACUGAAUCGCCUUUAGUUUUAGCCGUCCGAGAUUAUCGAUCACGACUUGGAAUGUGCCGACAGAGUGAAAUCCGAGAGCAAUUGAUAAGAGAUGGAAUUUGUUCACGAGAUAAUGCACCAUCGAGGAGUAGUAUCAAUCACAUUCUCCGAACAAAACUGGAUAUCAAACGAAGGAAGAAGUGUCUAUCCGAAGACUAA